ACAUUUGUACUACGCAUGCGCGCCGGUCGGUUAUUCUGAAGGGAGCAGCGAAAAUGGCGUCCGUUACAAAUUAUAGUAGCUACAGUCAGGCUGGUGCCCAGCAAGCGUACGGCUCAUACGCAGCCCAGCCCGCUCAGGGAUACGCACAAACGGCACAGCAGGGCUUUCCUCAGCAGGACUACAGUUCAUACGCCCAGCCCGCCGCUGCCACUGAUUCUACUUACAGCCAAACAGCUGCCUCUGCUGCUGCUGCUGCUGCUGCUGCUGGAUACACACAACAGCAAUACGCAGCAUCGUAUGGACAGUCCACCACACCAGCUGCUUAUGGCACUCCUCAGGCUGGAGCUCAGGGCUACACUCAGCCUGCACAGGCCUACGGGACUAGCAGCUAUGCUAACACCACUGCAGCUGCCACUCCACCGGUCACUCAGGCGUCGUACGGCACGCAGCCGGGAUACACCGCCCAGUCCGCUUACUCUGGAUACGGCCAGCAGGCUGCCUCGGCUCCACAGAGUUACAGCGCUAGCACUCAGCCCACCUACACCCAGGGAGGCUACCAGGCCCAGCAGGCGGCCUACGGGGGGCAGCAGCAGGCUGCCUACACUCAAGGCCCGCCCCAACAGCCUCCAUCUGCAGCCUACCCUCCUCCUCCAUCCAACGCCUCCUAUACUCAGCCUCAGUAUGGUCAGGCUGGCGCUGCUCAGAGCGGAUACAACCAGUCUGGACCCUAUGGUGGUUACGGUCAGGGCGGUGCAAGUGGAGGUUAUGGUGGCUCUCAACGUGGAGGUUACCCAGGAGAAGGCCCCGGUCGUGAUGGUUAUGACAGGCCAGGGAUGCGUGGUGGACCUCGGGGUCGCGGCCCAAUGGGUCGGGGAAUGGGCAUGGCUGGAGACAGAGGUGGCUUCAGUAAGCCUGGUGGACCCAUGAGGGAUGGGAUGGAAGGACACCCAGGUGAGCAGGAUGAGUCUGAGAACAGCACCAUCUACAUCACUGGGUUGACUGAGAAGGUCACGCUUCCCGACAUGGCUGAUUUCUUUAAGCACUCUGGCACCAUACGGAUAAACCGGCGCCUCAACCAGCCAGCCAUCAACAUCUACACCGAUAAAGACACGGGCAAACCGAAAGGAGACGCCACGCUGUCCUAUGACGAGCCGUCGUGUGCCAGAGCUGCCGUGGAGUAUUUUAACGGUAAGGAGUUCCAGGGGCGGAGACUAAACGUGUCGAUGGCACGGAGGAAAACCGUACCAGGGUUCAUGAGGGGAGGAAUGAGAGGAGGACCAAACAUGAUGGAUCGUGGAGGUAUGAUGGGACGGGGCGGAGACAGAGGUGGGUUCCCUCCCCGUGGAGGUCCUCGAGGUGCCAUGGCCUGGGGAGGACCACCGGGAGCCAACAACGUCUCAAAGCGAGCCGGGGACUGGCAGUGCCCGAACCCUGGUUGUGGGAACCAGAACUUCGCCUGGAGAACAGAGUGUAACCAGUGCAAAGCUCCAAGACCCGAGGGCAUGAUGCCUCCUCCAGGUGGAGAGCGAGGCAGGGGUGGGAUGUUUCGUGGGGGCAGAGGGAUGGACCGUGGUGGCCCUGGGGGAAUGCGUGGAGGCUGGGGAGGAGAACCCGGGGGCUUUAGGGGUGGCCGAGGGGGAAUGGACCGAGGAGGAUUCAGAGGAGGAAGCCGUGGAGGACCGCCGAUGGACCGUGGAGCGAGGAGAGGGAUGGGGCCCGGAAAGAUGGAUAUGAGGGAUCAGCGUCAGGAGCGCAGGGACAGACCGUACUGAAGCCUUUCACACGUCCACACUGAUGAGCCUGUGAAAGCUUUUUAAAUGGUCUUUUUAAUUCCAAGUCCAUAUUUAUACAGUUAUCGAAGCCCUGGCGCAUACACACCAGCCUGUGUGACGACUUCUUUAUUACCCUCUCUAGAAGUAUAGUUUGAGGUUUAGGCUUUUUUUUCCAGUAUGUUUCUUCAAUAUAUUCAGUUUAAUUUUGUGCCGUUAUACCACUUCCCCUCCAUGCAGCUUAUUUUUUAAAUAAACUUCAACUGGAUUCUUUUUAACGUGAUGUGUGACGUGUUGUGUGGUAUUUCCUGUCUUCAGUGUGUGAUGACUGGAUGCUAAUCGUGUCUCACUCCGUGUGGAUGACAGAUUUUGCUUUUAUUAGCUCCUGUGGUUGAAGCAGCGAUGUCGCAAAACAGCUGCUGUCCUGAAGUAAUCCUGAAAAUAUUACUCACUUAUAGUUGGUGGCUUUGUUUGAAUGCAUAUACUUCCCCGCUUAUUUUUAUACAUUGUAGAGUUGAUCAGCAAUAACAUGCGGAUAAAUCAAAAGCUUCUGUAAAAACCAAUUGUACCAAAUACUGAAAGAAUAAACUCGAAUCAUGGUGCAGUUCACACUUUCACCACAA